AUGGCCGACGGCAGUGUUAUGCCUCCCAAGUCCUCUGUGGUGCUCGAGGCCCACGAAGUCGACACUUUCCAUGUCCCCGAAGCAUUCCACCAGAAGCACCCGACAGGUACCCACCUGAAAGACCUCGAUGAGUACAAGAAGUUGUACGAGGAGUCCAUCCGCAGCCCAGACACUUUCUGGGCUCGCAUGGCUCGCGAGCUCCUCCAUUUCGACCAAGACUUCCAGACCACCCACAGUGGGUCAUUGGAGAACGGUGAUAAUGCCUGGUUCGUUGAGGGUCGUUUGAACGCCUCCUACAACUGCGUGGACCGCCACGCCUUCAAGAACCCCGACAAGGUCGCCAUCAUCUAUGAGGCCGAUGAGCCCAGCGAGGGCCGGUCUAUCACCUAUGGCGAGCUGCUUCGCGAGGUGUCUCGUGUUGCCUGGGUUCUCAGGCAGCAGGGUGUCAAGAAGGGUGACACUGUGGCUAUCUACCUCCCCAUGAUCCCCGAGGCUGUCGUUGCCUUCCUGGCUUGCGCUCGUAUUGGCGCCGUUCACUCCGUCGUUUUCGCCGGUUUCUCGUCCGACUCCCUCCGUGACCGUGUCCUGGACGCUGGCUCCAAGGUCGUCAUCACCACCGAUGAGGGCAAGCGUGGUGGUAAGGUCAUUGGAACCAAGCGCAUUGUCGACGAGGCUCUCAAGCAGUGCCCCGAUGUCACUAGCGUCCUUGUCUACAAGCGUACCGGUGCGGAGGUCCCCUGGACACAGGGCCGUGACGUCUGGUGGCACGAGGAGGUGGAGAAGUACCCCAACUACCUUGCUCCUGAGUCGAUGAACUCGGAGGAUCCUCUUUUCUUGCUCUACACAUCCGGUUCCACCGGAAAGCCCAAGGGUGUCAUGCACUCCACUGCUGGCUACCUUCUGGGGGCUGCCAUGACGGGCAAGUAUGUCUUUGACAUUCACGACGAUGACCGCUAUUUCUGCGGUGGUGACGUUGGUUGGAUCACUGGCCACACCUACGUGGUGUAUGCGCCCUUGCUCCUUGGAUGCUCUACCGUUGUCUUCGAGAGUACCCCGGCCUAUCCCAACUUCUCCCGCUACUGGGACGUGAUUGAGAAGCACAAGGUGACCCAGUUUUAUGUUGCUCCUACUGCUCUGCGACUUCUGAAGCGGGCCGGAGAUGAACACAUCCAGCACAAGAUGGCACACCUGCGUAUCCUGGGCUCCGUCGGUGAGCCCAUCGCUGCUGAGGUGUGGAAAUGGUACUUUGAGGUGGUUGGAAAGGAGGAAGCCCACAUCUGCGAUACCUACUGGCAGACCGAAACGGGUUCCAACGUCAUCACUCCUCUGGGUGGUAUUACCCCGACGAAACCAGGCAGCGCGUCGCUGCCGUUCUUUGGAAUUGAGCCUGCCAUCAUUGACCCGGUCUCGGGCGAGGAGAUCACCGGCAACGACGUGGAGGGAGUGCUUGCCUUCAAGCAAGCCUGGCCCAGCAUGGCCCGUACUGUGUGGGGCGCUCACAAGCGUUACAUGGACACCUACUUGAAUGUUUACAAGGGCUACUACUUCACUGGAGACGGCGCCGGGCGGGAUCACGACGGAUACUACUGGAUCCGUGGCCGUGUUGACGAUGUGGUCAACGUUUCUGGACACCGUCUGUCCACGGCUGAGAUUGAAGCCGCUCUCAUCGAGCACCACAUGGUGGCCGAAGCUGCCGUGGUCGGUAUCGCCGAUGAGCUUACUGGCCAGGCCGUCAACGCAUUCGUGGCUCUGAAGGAGGGCAACGAGACCAACGACCAAGUCCGCAAGGAUCUGAUCAUGCAGGUCCGCCGGUCCAUUGGACCUUUCGCCGCCCCCAAGGCGGUCUUCAUUGUCGAGGAUCUCCCCAAGACCCGUAGCGGCAAGAUCAUGCGCCGUAUUCUCCGGAAGAUCCUGAGCGGCGAGGAGGACAGCCUCGGUGACACUUCAACGCUGUCGGACCCCUCGGUCGUGGACAAGAUCAUUGCCACGGUGCACGCUGCCCGCGGCAAAUAG